UUGCCGUAGGUGAAAACGAGCACUGUGGUACGUCACCGAGACAUUCCGUCGAAGCACAGUCGACGCGACGUCGUCCUUUGGAAUUUUACAAUCAUAACAUCUGGACCCUGCUUGCGAUAACAUCCACCAGAAGAGGAAGACAACAACAUCUGGCCAGAUAAUCACAUACCACGAUGCCAAACUGGGGCGGAGGCAACAAGUGCACGGCAUGCCACGGCACGGUGUACCACGCCGAGGAGGUGCAGUGCGACGGCCAGAGCUUCCAUAAGGGCUGCUUUCUCUGCAUGGUGUGCAGGAAAGGCCUGGACAGUACCACAGUGAGCAUCCACGACCAAGAGAUCUACUGCAGGUCCUGCUACGGCAAGAAAUACGGUCCAAAAGGCUACGGCUACGGCCAAGGGGCCGGCACCCUCAACAUGGACCGAGGAGAGCGCCUGGGGAUCAAACCGGAACAGUCGCAGUCUCACAGGCCUACCACUAACCCCAAUCCUUCCAAGUUCGCCCAAAAGUUUGGAGGAUCGGAAAAAUGCGCUCGCUGUGGUGACUCCGUGUACGCCGCAGAAAAGAUUAUGGGCGCAGGCAAGCCAUGGCACAAGAACUGCUUCCGCUGUGCCAAGUGCGGCAAGAGCCUGGAGUCGACCACCCAGACGGACAACGAAGGUGAAAUCUACUGCAAAGCUUGCUAUGCCAAGAACUUUGGCCCGAAAGGAUUCGGCUUCGGCCAAGGAGCGGGGGCACUGGUCCACGCUGAGUGACACUGUUGCAAUUCCUCUCCGCUUUUUUUUGCUUUUAAUCCUUCUCAAAUAAAACAGUACACGCCAUCAACAUAAAACUUCACAUUUGACUGUCUUUUAUUAUUAAAGCCAUUAAAACUGAACCAUGCCCAUGUUUUACAUCUGAAGCGGAGUUAAAGUGAUGUGGGCAGAGAGAGACAGAGGCACUGGAAUGAUAUCCUAUUUUCCUGUGUAUGUAUUUUAUAAUAUAUAUGUACUGUAUGUCCCCAGAACCCACCUGACUUUUUUGUGGGAAUAAAUCGCAAAACGGGGCUGCUUUUGGUGUGUUGAUAUGCGAAAAAAAAACAAACACCAGGCCCAUCUCGCAUGGUCACAUUUCCGCUUUUAGCAAAAGAAAAGAAAAAAAGUUUGUCUCGUCUCUUUGCUUUACAAUUUGUACAUCCAGUGGUAUAACAAACCCAUAUGUGACAUUUAAAAAUAAUACCAAAAAAAUGGAUGAGUACAGUCCACAAGCAUGGAAUAUAAUACAGUCGAGGGGUUCACAAGACACUGGAUUUGAGGGUUAAUCAAACAAAACGGAAGAGAAUGCACUUGCCAAGACGUAACACUGAGUAUAUACAGUGGCACCCGGGGGCGGCAUCAUACAUGCAAGUGUGGGACACCAGUGUUGGACAUCACUAAAAGCUACAGUCACUUCUUCAUGUCCUUGUCAUUUAGUCCCCCUCAAAUGAAAAAAAAAAAGAAAUCUGGACUAUUUAUGUACACAUUCUUUACACGGUGCCUCACAUACAGGGAAAGUAAACAAUGGGGGAGGAAAAAACGUGCUGCUGGGCCCUUUUGUUCAGUAGCAGCCCC